AUGGCCGUGAUUGUGACUCAAGUGAAGGACGGCCUCGAUGGCACGAGCAUCCUCUGUAACGACGACUUCUGUUACCGAAUUCCUGACCCCCUCGUGCGACUCAAUAACGAGGAUAAUGAUGGUGGGGUGGAGGGAGAGUCCGAGCGGAUGGCUGACAAGGAUGAGGGUGCUGCUGACGUGGCUGAUGGAGGAUGGGAGGACGGCGCAGGGGGGGAUGGAGAGGGUGGAAGGGAGGGAAGACGCGUUGCAGGUGGAGAGGCGGCGGUGCAGGGAGAAGAUCCUGCUGACGUGGACACACGCAGUGAUGCCACGUGUCCUGAACUUCUCCUCCUACGGCAUGGUGAGCCAGAGGCGUUGCCACGCACGCACCUCUUCCCCAUCGGAUCCCCAGCCACGCCUUCCGGCUCUCCCCACCACCACUCCCCCCACCCCCCGCCUCGCCCUCUGGAGAGCCCAUCAGCCCUGGCUCUCUGCCUGCACGCCGCUGAUCUCCCUUCGCUGCCCUUUUUCUCGCCCUUCAUCGCCCCGCCUCCGCCUCUGGAGAAUGCAGAAGUUGCAAUGCACCGCAGAGUCAUGCAGGAGAUUGCCAACCUGACGGCUCACCUGGAAGGCGAUCCAGGGAACGCCCACCUGCUGCUGGAGCGAGGCAGGGCGUGGUACAGCAUUCACCGCUUCCCAGAGGCUGUAGCGGACAGGAAGCAAGCUGUUGCUAUCCUGGAAGAGCCGUCUGCUGCUCACGUGGAACCUCACAGCAGUGGAAGCAAUGGGAGCAAUGGGAGCAAUGGGAGAAUUCGGGGCAACCACCACCACCCCUCCGACCUGCCACGAGCACUGCUCUCCCUGGGCCAGGCCCUGCAUGCAGCAGGCAGGGUGCAGGAAGCAGUGGAAGCCAACGAACGCGCCGCCACCCUCAUCCCAUCCCAGAACCUCACGAGUCCUGCCACGUCAGCAGCAGCCACGUCAGCAGAAGACACAUCAGCAGCCGCCAGCUCAGCGGAGUGGGUGACGGCGUCAGCGGCGUGGGGGAUGGUGGGGCUGUCGUACCAUUGGCUGCCGGAUGCGGAUAGCGCUGAGAGGGCGUUCCGAUUGGCUGUUGAGGCGGACCCACGGAACCCCAAGGCUUACAAGCACUGGGCAAUGCACCGACAGAUGACAGGGGACUUGAAAGGCACCAUCGCUCUCCUCACCAAGUGGUUCUCCCUCGCCCCGCGCACCCCCAAGGCCCAUCUCACCCUGGGCUGUUGUCGGCAGGCCCUGGGGCACAUAGCACAUGCUGUAUCUGCCUUCACGCGCAUCAUUGACGCCCCAUCAGACCCUGAAGAUGCGCCCAUUCUCUUCCACGCUUUCUACCAGCGUGAGAUUGCCAUAUUGACGGCAAUGCAUCUCGACAGCUCCUUCAGUGACUUCUCCAUCGAAGGGGCAUUCAGCACCAAGUUCCUGAACCACUGGGCGUACAAGAAGGACCCAAGAAACCUCUUUCCCGGCUAUGCCAUGCUGCCCCAGGCUGCCGCCUUUGCGCCCCGCCGCCCGCCUCGACGGGCGGCGGAGGAGGAUGAGAGGGAGAGGGAGAGGGUGGUUCGGGCGGCGGACCUGAUUGGUCGGCGCGUGCAGUACAGCAGCGUUGGCAACGUUGUGAACAGGAGAGCGGUGAGCAUUGCUUGUUGGGGGAAGAAUGGAGGAAUUGAGGGAGCGGGAGAGGGUGGUGCGGGCGGCGGACCUGAUUGGGCGGCGGGCAUGGCAGCACUAGAAGUGAUGCAAUCAGCACGCGCCCAUUCACUCCUAUGCAAAUCCUUUUACUCCUCGUCACCGCUCUUCACCUGCCAUCACCCACCUUUCACCCUCUUGUUCUCCAACUGGCAGCACAGGGCGACGGGCAUGGCAGCCCUAGAAGUGAUGCAAUCAGCACGCGCCACGUGGCGGCGGUGGGCCCGGAGAAAGCAAAAGCAUGGACUGACGGAGGGGAGGAGAGCUGCAGAUCCAAGGAAAAGUGAAGAGGAGGAGGAGGAAGAUGAGGAGGAUGAGGAGGAGGAGGAGGAUGAUGAUGAGGAGGAGGAGGAGGGGGUGGGGAUGGUUGUGGAUGGGUGGAGAGGGGUGUUUGGCAUUGGUGCGAGGUGGAGGCAGCUGGUGGACCCAUGCGAGCCCGUCUUGUGGAUGGAGAUGGUCAGGAGCGUUGACCCCUCUCUGGUGGGUAACUCUGUGACUCCUAUUUCUGUGUUCCGCCAACUCACCACCAAAUAUGCAGACUAUUAUAACAGAACCCUCGCAGUCCUCAAGGGCAUCAUGCAGCAGCAGCACCAUGUGUUCGCCAAUGGGGACGACCAGCGCAUUCCCCUUUCAGAGCGGGAUUGCGCCAGGGUAGAGGCAGCAGCAACGGAGUAUGAUCUGUUUGACAUUGUCGGCCAGAGCUUCUUUGUCGUCACUCCAUGCCAUUCUGCUACCACUCCUGGGGUGGUGCUCAACGGCACAGAGAUCCUCAUCCGGGAAGUGUCAUCUCAUUACUCUUUGGAGCUCUCCAUCCGCACCACGCGCCACGUUGACCGCAUUGACCAGCUUGACCGCGAGCUGGGGGCAGCAUGGGAGCACCUGUGCGGACUCAUGGCUGAUCGGAUAAGGACAGGCGGAGGGACGGGUGGGCAUGGAGGAAGGGCAGUGGAAGCUGCCAUUCUGCGAGUUGCGUACUUCUGGUAUCAGGCAAUGCCCCUGUCCCGUGGAACAGCCGUGGUGGGAUAUGCCACGCUCCUAGGCCUCUUUCUGGCUGCUGGGAAGGGGAUAACAGCGAGCAUCCCCCCGCGAAUGCAG